AUGGCAAGUCCCGACUUGAAGCUGGAUAUGCGCUGGCAGGACCAGAAGGUGGUGAAGAAGGAUGGCGCGUGGACCGUCGACGGGAGACCAGGGGUGGGCGUUGAGCUGGCCUUCAAGCACGCGCCCGCCAACAUCCCGGACCACUACUAUCUUGGCCUCAAGGUCACGACCCCAGUCAACGGCGCGACCCCGCCGCACACGCAUGGCGGAGGAGCGAUUGUGGCGACGGUGACGAAGGGAAAGGUGCUGAAUCAGAUGGUGUGUCCGGAGCAUGACCCGGAGUCGCAGGGUACGGGGCCCAAGGUGUACGGGGUGGGCGAGUCGUGGUAUGAGCCGCCGGGGUGUCAUCAUGUACGGGCGGAGAAUGCUGGCGACGAGGAGGCUGAGUUCAUCGCGGCGUUUGUGAUUGAUAAGAAGAAGGUGGAUGAUGAGGGGUUGGGGGCGCUGGUGGUGAUUGAUGCAGAGGUUGAGGAGGCGAGGAGGGCGAAGGCGUGA